AUGUGUUUGUUACUCUCCAUCGAAAGCUUCGGCGGCAUCCUCAUCGGCGGCAGCCUCCUGGUAUUGCUGGUACUCGGAUACCAAGUCGUUCAUGUUGCUUUCAGCCUCAGUGAACUCCAUCUCAUCCAUACCUUCACCAACUGCGGUCUUGACAUUGUUCGGGAUCCAGUCAACGAAAUAGGAGGAGUUCUUGUUCUGGAUAUUGAGCAUUUGUUCAUCAACCUCCUUCAUGCUCAUUCUUCCACGGAAGAUAGCGGCGGCGGUCAAAUAACGUCCAUGUCUUGGAUCACAGGCGGCCAUCAUGUUCUUAGCAUCGAAACAUUGUUGGGUAAGUGUAUUUUAAAAUACCUGUUGGUUACUUCUGCUGGUCAACGGAGCAAAUCCAGGCAUGAAGAAAUGAAGACGAGGGAAUGGAACCAUGUUGACUGCCAACUUACGGAGAUCCGCAUUGAGUUGACCGGGGAAACGAAGGCAAGUGGUGACACCACUCAUUGUGGCACUGACCAGAUGGUUGAGGUCUCCGUAUGUUGGGGUAGUUAG